UUGUUUAAUGAGCCUUGCUGAGGAAAAUGAAGGCGAGAAUAAUGUGAUCAGAGCAGAAUGUGUUGAGGCUGUAAGUCAAUAAGUACAUGAUUUUUAAACAAUUGAAAAUAGUGUUAUUAAAAUGUUACAUUGUAGCUUACUUUCAGAUGGCUCUUGCUCUAUGGAGAAAGGAAAAACUGACUGAGAUGAUGUCAAGGCAGGCAAAUUACUAAAUUCAAUGCAUAAAAUUCGAAAUAGUCAUUCGUCAAAGUCAUAGUCAUUCAUACAUAGUUUUCUAUUCUCCAUUUUGUGCGAGCAUUCUGACUGUUUAUUUUCUCUAAAGAGCACUUGUCUCCUAAGUAAUGAAAGCCCAUGUUGGGUGUCAGUUAUAUUUACUGGGUGGGAGAUGAAUGGUGGUUGACACGUUAGACAAGGUGUGGAAGUUUAGAACAUGGCCAUUUUUUUGUGUCAUUUAUAUGUACUUUGCAAGAAAAGUUACUUCAUUUUCUCUCCUUGCCCAGCUGUAUUAUGGGCAUGGUCAUUAUCAAUGCUCAAGGUGGGGGCAGUAAACCGUUUGCCCUAAAAAUUCUCGCAAGUUGCCCAAAUUUUUACGACACAGUUGAAAAGAAACGAGGGUCAUAAGAUGCAACAACAUAGGCCAACGAUCAAGUGAAAAUAUUCUUACAUAUUGCAAUGCUGUUGUAGGGUUCCAAAGGAGUGGCAUCUCAUCAAUGGUAGGAUUAGGUGGGGAGGAGGGGUUGGGUCAGUUCUUCAUACAUUUAUUGAAAAUCAAAUAAGCCAUGGUCUUUUAAGUAAUUGUUUAAAAUUGCCUCUUUUUAUUGGAUGUAAGUGAUAAGGAAUAAGAGUGUAAUUGUUAAUGUAAAUCAAUUUAUGUCUUCAACUCAUACUAAAACAGUGUCCAAUGGUUAUACUAUAGCCUUUGGCUUGGUACAUAUUCAUGUACUCUCUAGUAAUUUUUUGCGUUUGGCAUCUUGCAGAUGAUGAUUAAUUUUAUUGAUUGAUGUAUAUGUUGUCAGGGUUCUCAAUAGAUUUUUAAGUAGGAGGUGAUCACUGGUAAAGUAGGAGGCUCUUCAGCAAAGCCAGAGGUGUCAAAACAAAGCAAAGAAAAGCGACUUAAACACAAAGUAAGCGGCUAUAAAUCCCAAAGUAAGCGGCGAUCAAUCGCCGGGUGCCGCCUUCUAUUGAGAACCCUGAACUGUUGUAGUUAGUUUUUUAUAGCAGUCAAUUUUUAUUUUUCUUUUGUUUCAACUUCAUCAGCAUACAUUAUCAUACCCAGAAACAGAAGAAAAAUAAAAAUUACCUGACAUAAAAAAUUAACUACAACAUAUACAUGUAUCUGUAUGCACUUUUUAAAGCAUUUUAACUUAAAUGUUUUAUUCAGAUUAUUUUUACUUCUGAAGAAAUUAAUUUAUAAGGUUACAGUGUUCUCUCCAAAAUUUAUUAGCUGAGAGGGGUACUUUCCUGAGGGGGAGGGGGUAGUGGAGUGAGGGACAUGGCCCCACCCUAAGAGGAGCUGAGUACUUCGAAACUUCAUUCCCUCAUUUUAAGACCUAUUUUAUGCAAAAUCGGCUGUUAUCAUCUUUGGACAACCAUCUAAAAUGUUUGAUUCCAAUAAUUUGACUCUGUCUUCAAUGUUCUCCUUCCAAAGUGCGUGGGCCAUUAAAGGAAAAGCUGUGUCUACUUUAGUACUUUUCCAUAUAUUUUUUCAUUUCCUUGAUUGGAUCGGGUCACAAUUUGCGUAUUUUUUAAAAACUACUUAUUUAAUUUUAGUAAACCUUUAAGCGGUUACAGGCGGUAAGAGUGGUUGCUUCACGCGGUAAUUUUUACCAUUAACCGCCUGAUAAACACUGAAUCCUUAGAUUUAUGAACCUGUUGUUGAAAACAAAUGGGAAAAGAUACUGUACUGGAAAUUGCUGUUAAAAACAGCUUCUAUCUGAACGGUUUUAAAGGAUUACUUAGGAGAAUUGUUACAGGAAGUUAAAUACGGCGUAGUAACAAAUUAUAGCACAUAUUUUCCCGAUUCUGAUUGGCUAAAAGAACACGUUUAAUUAACCAUAACCAGAUGCUGAUGACCAAAUUUGGAAGAAUUUUGUGUUUAACGAGGAAAUGACGUCAAAAAUGCAGCGUUUUCGCAGGUUAAGGCACCGUUAACCGAGAAGACCGGGGGACGAGGUUGAGUUGUUUUGGUUGUGAACUUGAAAAAUGGCAGACAUUUCACUUGUUUCAAGAGUAAGAACUAGGCGAAAAAAUAGUUAAAAACAUGGCAAGAACAGCAAGAAGACAACUCGAAGGGCGACAUCUGCUAUUUGGAGAAUAUUUGCGGGGCUGGACAAACCUAAACGUGCACUAUUGAAGAUGAACUUAACAUCAAUGAAUCGAUGGAGGUAAGCAUGUUUUAGCCAUGUUUUUAAACUAGGAAUUAUUUUGAAUGAAUAAUUUAACAAUUAUUGAAUUCGGCUUUCGUAUCAUAUAAUUCUUCAUAAGAUACUCAGCCUCAUUCAUUAAUUGUUAAAUAUAAUCCUGUUUAUUGCAUGACUCUACCUUUAAACAUCUUGGUUUUAAGUGUGCGUGCAUGGACUUGUGGAGCCUGUUUACCACCAGUUGCAAUAAUACUUCAGUUGGUGUAUCUUACUUUGGCUUAAACUGCCUGUCCAUGAUCUUGUACUGGUGACCCCCCUCGUCCCCCUUUUCAAAGUUGCUAGCAAUACAAGGUCAUGCCCAAAAUUUGGAGGAACAACUUUAAAUGGAGGGAAGGGAGGGGUUGACUAUUGUACCUCACAAAUGUGAUAAGCAGCACUUUGAAGAAAGAAAGGCCGGUUUUUCAUCGGAGUGUCUCAUUGUUUUUGCAACUGGUUGUAACUUCUAAUAAAAAAGGGGCAAUCGUUGUGUGAUCUUUUUUAAUAUUUUGGUUGAAUUGACUUAUUUUACACUCUGAAAUGGUAGAUUGAAACACUCUUGGAAGAGACUGGAGCUGGUACUGAUUACCGCAUUGAUCAUACUUUGUAUGCUGCUUGUGAGCCUGUUGUUCAGACUGUUUGUAAAGAUAAAGGCAAAAAGGAAGGAGAUGUCAUGUAA